GCCCUGCGCUGUGCUGCGGGGUCCGCACUCCCGAGCUCCGUGCCCGCACUGUGGGGCGGGCUGCGUCAGCGCAGCGUUCCCGGCAGCGAGCAACGCCACGCCGCCGGUGUGUGUGUGACAGCCGCUGUCCGUGUGACUGACGGCCAGUGUCCGCGUGACUGACAGCCGCUGCCGCGCGGAGCCGUACGGCUGCGUGCGACCUCGCGGCACGGCUGCGCAUGCGCCAUUUCCUCCGCGGGCUGAGCCGAGCCUUCAGGCGCGCAUGCGCUGUGCUUUGCGCUGUGGGCGCGCGUUUCGCGCCGUGUCCCGUUAGUCGGUGAGGCGUUGAGCGGGGAUGCAGCGCUCGGCUGGCGCUACUCGGGGCGGGCGGAGCGCGGUGUGAGCUCAGCCUGCAGCGCUCUGCCCGACACGUAAUUGGGUGCGAAGCGAUGAAAGCCGGUGCCGAUAACGUUACGGUUAGAGUCUGGCUGUGUACACAGAGAAGUAUCGAUCUAUUGCCGUUACUUAUGCCAGGAGUAAAUAUUGCUUAACGCUCUGCCGUUGAGUUAAAACAAGAAAUGCAAACGGGGCAGGUGAAGAAGCGCGAGCCGGAAAGCUGGGCUCAGCCAACAGCGGCGCGGCGUGCCGGAGUUCGCUCGUGCUGUGCACGCGUCUAUUCGGCGCUCUUUUGCUCGUUCUGCGCGUGUGCGCAGUAGCGCUGCUGUGCCGGGCGCUGCAGGGGGCGCCAGGCGGCGCUGUGAGGCGGCGGCGCUGGCGGGGCGCGCUGAGGCGCGGAGCGGAGCGGCUGCGAAGCCGUUCGUAACCAUACAGCCCCGCGGGCUGGGAGUCGUGAGAGCUCUGUGUGGAGGAGCAUCUGAAAUACGGAGAGAAUGGCAUCGCUGCCUUCGGAUGCCACCUGCCUGUGACUGCAGCGCCCGCCUCCUAGGUGCGCUCGAGUGAAAGGUUUUCCGGUCCCGCUUCCUUCCCGCAUCACGAAGCAUUUCAAUGCAGGCUUCGCGAUUCUGCCGGCGCGUUCGCAGGGAAUCCGUGCUCUAAAUGCCCGCCGCACAGAGCAGCCCGGCUGCUUCCUAUGGGAUGCAUCUGCAUAAAGGAAGAAUUCUUCGAAGAUGGGUAAUAAGCAGACGAUAUUCACUGACGAGCAGCUGGAUGCCUACCAGGACUGCACGUUCUUCACUAGGAAAGAAAUCCUUCGGUUGCAUGGCCGGUACCAUGAAAUGGCACCAAACGUUGUGCCCAUGGACUAUACAAAGGAUCCUGAUGUUAAACUACCUAUGCAGCUUAUAAUAAACAUGCCUGAGCUAAAGGAGAAUCCCUUUAAGGAAAGAAUUGUGGAAUCUUUCUCGGAAGAUGGAGAGGGGAGCCUCAGCUUCAAUGAUUUUGUGGACAUGUUCUCUGUGCUCAGUGAAAUGGCUCCCAGAGAGCUCAAAGCUAUCUAUGCCUUUAAGAUCUAUGACCUGGAACAAACCCUCAAUAAGCUGACCCGAGAAGAGCUAACAGCAGAAGAAAUCACUCUGGUUUGUGAGAAAGUGAUAGAAGAAGCUGACAUGGAUGGUGAUGGCAAAUUAGGAUUUGCAGAUUUUGAAAACAUGAUUUCCAAAGCACCGGACUUUCUCAGGAAAUUGGUUUAUAAAUCAUCAUGGAAGUUUAAGCUUAUUCGAAGGCCUGAGGGUGAAACGUACUAUAACAAUCUGAAAUGGAGCUUGAGAAGAAUAUGGCAUUAGUAACACCUGGGAGCUGACAAACCUGAGCAGUGAGACAACAUAUGAAACAAAAAGAUGUCAUUGUAAAUAUGCUAUUCUGAACUAUGUGGGCCUUUACUCCUGUAACAGCUGAUAUCCUGAUUCUUGUCCUAUCCAAAGCUGAAGGGGUAGCAACUAUGUCUUAGAUUCUGUGCAUUCUGUAAGACCUUUUCUAAAGUGCAGAUGAUCUAGUUCCUAAAGACUAAAAUCAGAGCUAGUGACAAAUUGGCAGGAGAUUAUUAGUGAGAAAACAGUAGCAAGAAAUCACUUUUAUCAGUGUUUUCUUAUUAGUAAAAUCCGUAAUUUUCAAAGUUCAGAAUGAUACCCAGAAAUACAAAAAUAGUCUUGGACUUAGCAAGGGAAACAUCACCUUUAUCUGCCUAGUUUGAUCUGCUUAGGAACCCAAAUGCUGUGCAACGGCCUAAGUGCAAUUGGGAAACAUUUUGCUUUGCUGUAUAUCCAAUAAAUAAGUCAAUUGACACUUGAUUUAAUCCAGUGCUCUGCUUGGCCCUCUAAUCAAAUAAUUUCAGAAGAUGGAGGUUUCUCUUCACGUAUGUCAAUCUUCCUGAGAGCCUGAGAGAAGGCUUGCUGUGCUGGCAAGUAGUUAACAGAAAUGCCUUGUCUAACUGUGGAUUUUAACUGUCCUGGAGAAGGAGACAAUGUGCAAUGUAAAUGAUAAGUCUAUAUUCUGCAGUUGGCAUAUGAAUCAGAAAAUAAGCAGUCGUUCUUGUUUUAUUCUUUAUUCUAUUACAGAAAGAUCUGAGGUUUCCAGCCCUAGUUUCUAGCUUUAGCUCAUUUCUAAAAACUGAGCACAUUUGCAGCUCUGAGAUCUGCACCACAAAUUUUUGUCUACGUCUUUCCUGCACUAAAUCUGAUCUUUUCUGAGGAUGUUAUCAGUAUGUCCUUGUACAUAAUCUUG